AUGGACUAUGUUGAUCCAGUGUUGGUAGCUAUGAAAGUAAUUGGAGGAUUGUACAAAGGUGUUUCAACAGUAGAAUUGGACAACUUGGCUGCAGAAACUGCUGCAUCAAUGACUACUCAACAUCCUGAUUAUGCUAUCCUCGCCGCUCGUAUUGCUGUAUCAAACUUGCAUAAGAAGACCGGAAAGGUUUUUUCCGAAGUCAUGAAGCGACUGUAUGAGUUCCGUCAUCCAUCGACUGGGGAGCAUUCUCCGAUGAUCAGCAAGGAGACUUAUGAUAUCAUCAUGAAAAAUGCUGACAGGCUGAAUUCCGCUAUAGUAUACGAUCGUGACUUCUCCUACACUUAUUUUGGGUUCAGAACUCUUGAGCGAUCAUAUCUUUUAAAGAUAAACAAGGAGGUAGCGGAACGUCCACAGCAUAUGCUUAUGCGAGUGGCUGUCGGUAUACAUGGUGAAGAUAUCGAUGGAGCUAUUGAGACCUACAAUUUGAUGAGCGAGCGAUAUUUCACACAUGCAUCGCCAACGCUUUUCAAUGCUGGAACCGUAUGGCCUCAGCUUUCCUCUUGCUUCUUGUUAACCAUGAGUGAGGAUUCAAUUGCGGGCAUUUACGAUACAUUGAAACAAUGCGCUUUGAUUUCAAAAAGUGCUGGAGGAAUUGGAUUGAAUGUACAUAACAUUCGCGCCACUGGUUCUUUGAUUGCUGGGACUAACGGUACUUCAAAUGGUCUGGUUCCUAUGCUUCGUGUGUACAACAACACAGCCCGCUACGUUGAUCAAGGUGGUAACAAACGCCCGGGAGCUUUCGCCAUCUAUCUUGAGCCAUGGCAUGCUGAUAUCUUUGAGUUCGUCGCACUGAGGAGAAACACUGGUCCUGAAGAAGAACGUGCUCGUGAUCUCUUCUAUGCUAUCUGGGUUCCAGAUUUGUUCAUGAAAAGAGUUGAGCGCGAUGAGGAGUGGUCUCUUAUGUGCCCACAUGAAUGUCCUGGUCUUAGUGAUUGCUGGGGAGAGAAGUUCGAGGAACUGUAUACUGGAUACGAAAAAGAACGCCGCUUCCGUAAGCAAGUGAAGGCUCGCAAACUUUGGGAACAAAUUGUAUCCAGUCAAAUUGAGACAGGAAUGCCGUUCAUUGUGUACAAAGUUAGUUUUUUUUGUAAUUGA